CCCACCCCCUUGGCUCCAUAGCCCCGCCCCCGCCCCGUGCCGUAGCUGAUUGGCGGGGCGCUGGAGGCCGAGCUGGCCACGCCCCCUGGGGGAAGCGCGCGCCGCCGCAGUAGCGAGAACCUAGCCCGCGGGGAAGGAGGAGGCAGUAGUGAGAGGUUCUGAAGCCUGCUAGAGAGGAGCGGACAGCUGGUUGGCGCUCGGACCACGCCGCGGCAGCAGGUCCCUCCACGUGCUCUCGGCGGCGCCAUGGAACUGGAGGAGUUGGGGAUCCGUGAGGAAUGUGGCGUGUUCGGAUGCAUCGCUUCUGGAGAGUGGCCCACGCAGCUGGAUGUGCCGCAUGUGAUCACUCUGGGACUCGUGGGGCUGCAGCACCGGGGUCAGGAGAGUGCUGGUAUUGUAACCAGUGAUGGGAGUUCAGUGCCUACAUUCAGGGUGCAUAAGGGAAUGGGUCUUGUAAAUCAUGUCUUUACUGAAGACAAUUUGAAGAAAUUAUACGUCUCGAAUCUUGGAAUCGGUCACACGCGCUACGCCACGACGGGAAAGUGCGAGCUGGAAAACUGCCAGCCGUUUGUUGUGGAAACCCUUCACGGGAAAAUAGCCGUGGCACAUAACGGGGAACUGGUAAAUGCAGCUCGCUUAAGGAAAAAGCUUCUGCGCCAUGGUAUUGGGCUUUCCACCUCCUCUGAUAGUGAAAUGAUUACUCAGUUACUGGCGUAUACCCCGCCUCAGGAACGAGACGAUACCCCAGACUGGGUAGCAAGAAUCAAGAACUUAAUGAAGGAAGCGCCCACGGCGUACUCUCUGCUUAUAAUGCACAGGGAUGUCAUUUAUGCAGUGAGGGAUCCGUACGGAAAUCGCCCUCUGUGCAUUGGUCGUCUUAUUCCAGUUUCUGAUAUAAAUGACAAAGAGAAAAAGUCUUCAGAAACUGAAGGAUGGGUGGUGUCUUCAGAAUCUUGCAGCUUUUUAUCUAUUGGUGCAAGGUCUCACACUAACUCAGGCCACCCUGGAGCCCAUGAGAGCUGGGAAUGCAGAUAUUGCCAUGAGGUCAAGCCUGGAGAAAUUGUAGAAAUAUCCAGACAUGGUAUCAGAACUCUUGACAUAAUUCCAAGGUCUGAAGGAGACCCCGUGGCUUUUUGUAUCUUUGAAUAUGUUUAUUUUGCAAGACCAGAUAGUAUAUUUGAAGACCAAAUGGUCUAUACAGUCAGAUACCGCUGUGGCCAGCAGCUGGCGAUCGAAGCGCCCGUGGAGGCAGACUUGGUGAGCACGGUUCCAGAAUCGGCCACGCCUGCUGCUCUCGGCUACGCAGCAAAGUGUGGACUGCCAUAUGUGGAGGUGCUGUGUAAAAACCGCUAUGUGGGAAGAACCUUCAUUCAGCCAAACAUGAGGUUAAGACAACUUGGUGUUGCAAAAAAAUUUGGCGUGUUGUCUGACAACUUUAUAGGCAAAAGAAUUGUUCUCAUCGACGAUUCAAUUGUGAGAGGCAAUACUAUCUCACCUAUCAUAAAGCUCCUCAAAGAAUCCGGGGCAAAAGAGGUGCACAUUCGUGUCGCUUCACCACCAAUCAAAUACCCUUGCUUCAUGGGAAUCAACAUACCCACAAAAGAAGAGCUGAUAGCCAACAAGCCAGAAUUUGAACGUCUUGCAGAAUACCUCGGAGCCAACAGUGUUAUAUACCUGUCAGUGGAAGGACUGGUUUCAUCUGUGCAACAAGAGAUAAAAUGCAAGAAGCAGAAAGUGAAAAAACGUGACAUUACAAUUCAAACCAAUGGAAAUGGUCUGGAAUGUUUUGAGAAGACGGGACACUGUACGGCUUGCCUCACUGGGCAGUACCCUGUGGACCUGGAAUGGUAGCUGCCUGGACUGAGUUCCUGGAGACUGAAAGUGAUGGAGAAGUGGUUUACAAACUAUCUGUUACUCAAUUGUUACAAUAUAAGUAGAUGCCACAUGCUUAUAUACCUUCAUAGGCUUUGAGGAUUUCUGAGGUUACUAAAUUGCUAUAAUUAAACCAUGAUGAUUACAUGUAACCCAACAUGUAGGGAUUCUUUUUAUACAAGAAUUGACUUUUCACCUAGGAGAAGACAGGAGGCUACUGGUAUUUCCCAGGCCCGUGCUUGAAGGGUUUGCAAGAGGUUAGAUUAAGGAUCUGUAAUGCACACAGGACAUGGGCCUUUAUAAUGUUUCAUGGAAAAUUUCAAUUCACUGUGCUCCAUAGGGAUCUAAUCUGUACAGUCAAACCUGUAGUUAUGGCCUAGCUCUUAGAUUCCCCUCCACCUCCACCCCCAACACACACACACACACACACACACACACACACACACACACACACACACACACAUAUUUGUUGUUCUGGGGACCAAUAGAAAACUUAAAAAAAAAAAAAAAAGCUACUUGGGAAGCCAAGACAUGGAUUCUUGAGUUCAAGGCCAGCCUGGGCUUUCUGCCUCAAGAUAAACAGUGUCUUUCUAGCCGGGCGGUGGUGGCGCACACCUUUGAUCCCAGCACUCACGAGGUAGAGCCAGGCGGAUCUCUGAUCUCUGUGAGUUCGAGGCCAGCCUGGUCUACAGAGUGAGAUCCAGGACAGGUACCAAAACUACACAGAGAAACCCUGUCUUGAAAAGCCAAAAGAAAAAAAGAAAAGGUACCUUUCUGUGCCUCGCAACUCCAUUUAUUUAAUGAGUCAUUCAUGCAUCCAGUACACAGUAGGAAUGCGAAUACAUGUCUAGAACUAUCAUUUUACCCCUACAUUUUAACAGCGCAUGGUCAUUAGCUUUUGCUAAAUUAGUUUGCAGUUUCAUUAUGAUGGAGGGAAAUGUACAGGUUUGCAGACCGUUGCCACCUCUCUUUGGAAUGCACCAGAAUGACUGAAAAAUAUAUCUAUCUGAAGCCUUUUUUGUUCCUACACUUGACUAGAAGAUGUGAUCAAUGAUAUUUAGUGUCUAACAAUACAAGCCUAGCAAAUUACUUAGUAUGUUGGAAAGAAAACAAAAAUUUAAUUCCAAGUAAGCCUUUAUUCUUCAUUUGAUUAGACUUGGCUGUUUGAAUUGAGUGUUUGAUCUUUGCAGCCAUGCAUACCCAUACAUAUAUACAGAUGAUUGAAAUUGAGCAAAUGGAAACCUAGUGAGGGCCGAUUUUGUUUAAUGGCUAAGGAGACAGCUACUGUUUUGGGAAUUCGAUUGCCUGUACCCAGGUGUCAGCUCAUAGUCAUGUCUUUUCUACUUUGUUUCGUUAGGUCUAGUGAGUGAGUGUUUUGAAGUUUUUUUCAGGAUGCAGACUUAGAGGAUCGAGGUGAUUUGCUUACAAACUCCUGUUUGUGUAAGAUUGUUCACAUGCAGAAAUAAUUAUUUCUAUAUUAUUGCCAAAAUUUGCUGUAUAGUCUCCAAACCCCUUUAGAGGUAUAGUAUUUAUUAAUAACUGAAAUUGUUAGUCUGCAUUUGGGAUAUAGUCUCGUGUUACGUAAUGGCAGGUCAAGUUAAGAUGGUAGUUCUUUAAGGUCAUGUGCUCCAGUGGCUGAAGUGGUCCUGUGACAGAGGCAGGCAGAUUGGCAUGUUACAGCCCUGGGGCCAUUUCAGUGGGUGUCGCCUCUUAUGGUGAGCACAUUACCCAUGGCAGCAUGGACGGUAAGCCUUUAGGUCAGUUUUAAAAUGGCCUUAUUUAAAUUUGAUGUUUUAAAAAGAAACUCAGGGAAGGUACUAAAACCAAAUCUCUAAUUUGACUUUUGUGUUUUCCAUAGUUUUUAUUUUGUUUUAUUGGGAUACUUUUAUAAAGGGAAAACAAUGUCCUGGUCCUUCGAUAAUUGUACGACUUUUCGUAAUUAUUUCUUCAUCAUGACUUUUUAUUUCACAAGUUUCUGAAUAUGAAUUAAAUUAACAUUUUUUACUAGUUUCAAGCCUUCUUUUAUCUGCUUAAAAUGUAUAUAACCAGAGUACUAUAUGCUGAAAAAAUAUGAAAAAUGUGUUUGAACACAGUUAACGUCACAAACUGUAAUGUAAGCCUACUUUUUUGUUACCUUUUGUGAUUUUUUUUUUGUGACAAAUAUAUGUAAUAAAUGUG